GCGGAAGAGGGGAGGCGGGCGUUGCACUACGCCGCUGCCGGGCCGGCCGUUGAGGGUUUGGAAGAACGUUGUUCUCAGACCCCCAGAAAUCUGGAUUUUUUAACAGAGUGCUACCUUAAGGAUUAUAAGGAAUUGAUACUUGUAGCUUUCUUGCAAUUUAUUUUUUGGUAUUUGUACCUCUCUUUUUGUAGUUCUAGAUCAAGAAAGAGCAUGAGCACAACUCAACGAAAGCGCCGUGGAGGAGCAGUUAACUCUAGGCAAGCUCGGAAACGAAACAGGUUGAUGGCUUCUACUGCAGAAAUGGCUUCAGAAGCAGAGCCCAUAGAACUUGAAGAAAGUGCUGGUGAAGAAGUCGUAGAUCUCACGUGUGAAUCUUCUGAUCCUGUAGUUGUUGAUCUAACUCACAAUGAUUCUGUUGUGAUUGUUGAAGAGAAUCAGCGGCAAAGGAGAAAUCUUAGACUAAGAAGCCAGCGGCAGUCGGACAGCUGUGUUCUGAGCAGUGACGAUGAAGAUGAACCAAGAGAUAAUGAUGUGUAUGUGACAGAUAAAGUGUCUCGAGAAUUGGGACCACUGGAAGAUGAAACUGCAAGUUCAAAGCCGUCUGGCACCGUUAGCUGUCCCAUCUGCAUGGAUGGCUACUCAGAGAUAGUGCAAAGUGGAAGACUGAUUGUGUCAACCAAAUGCGGCCAUGUCUUCUGCAGUCAGUGCCUCCGAGAUUCCCUUAGGAAUGCCAACUCUUGCCCAACCUGUAGGAAGAAACUCACUCACAGACAGUACCAUCCCAUUUAUAUAUGAGUACUUCUGUUUCUCAGGACAGACUCAACUGGAUUUUUGGGGAAAAUGUCGUGUUUUCAGUGCUCUGAAGAUGUAAAGAGCAGCAGGUUGUGCACACAUCCAAAUAAAACUGAUUUUUUUUGGAGAAUAACUUGUACAUAUAUAGACAGCUUUUUUAUGGUCCAAGCUGCUUCUUGUUAUGUCCCUGGUUAUAAUGUUAAACUUGUGACUGUCCCUAAACUAGACCAGCAGCCUAUGUCAGAAAGGAAGCAGCUAAUCCAUUUCCUUCUACUUUUUUAAUGCUUAAAUAAGAGGGGUCUGAGUAUUUUGUUAUUUCUUAGUCUUUAAAUUAUUCCCGCCAUCACAUACACAUAUGAAGUAGUUACCUUUCAAAAUGCAGAUCAGCAACUUGCCAUUUCAUUACACUUUUGGUUUUAUGCUAUAGGAAGCUCAUGACUAUAUUGCUUUCUGCUGGACCAUCUUUGCCCAAGGAGAGGCAGUUCUGUAACGAUGGAUCACUUUAUCAUAAAUCAAUAUUAAAUUGACAACCAGGGUAAUGCAAUAAAAUAACCUGCUGUUAAUCAGCAAUCAGGUUUUUUAAGCAGAAGGCUUGAACAUGUAGAUGUCUUUAUGAACUCCAUGAGAUCUCAAGUACGUAGACAAAUCGCAGCAUGUACAAUGUGAAAAUACUUCUUUAAGUGUUUUAACAGCCGAGAAUUCCUGUAUUUGAAUUGCAACACUGAACUUACUUUCUAUUGUGAUGUGAUGGUCUCUUGGGUUUACUGCUGUUCUGUAGCGCUCCCUCCUGAUAACUAAGGAGAUUAUUGUCUUCUCUAGGCUUGUUAGUGAGGAGUAAGCAGCAAAUUCUAUCCUGUCCUCAUCAGCUGGAUACCAAACUACCUACAGAUCUUCUUACUGUUUCAAGUGUGCCCAGCGUAAUGCUUAACGCUCAGCGCGUUCACUUCACUCUUCAGUUGUUAUACUGACACCUGACUGAUUUUAGCCUGGUGAAUAGGGUUAAAAAUUAAAUAACUGUAUUGCCAAGUAGAGGCUUAAAAAAAGGUUUGGUAGCAAUCUUGACUUGGCAGCUUUUUCAGAGAAAAGUUUUAUCUCCCUUUGCCCUGAGAGUUGUCCAGCUGCCUUUAAAUGUGCAUUUUUAAAAAUGUCAGAUGCAUGUCCUAGGAGAGAGAAUUCCUCUGUCAAAGCAAGGCAGGAAUACACAGGUUUAUGCACCGUUAUCCAGUCACUUUUCUUUUUUUCCCCAGGACUGAGUUAUAAAUGUCUGCUUUAAAUCUGUUAGAGCAAAAAUCUGCAGGCUGAUGUGGAAUCCCAGAUGAACUGAUACAAACAGGAGUACGGUAAUUAAAUGUAGAUGAGUUGAUUAAAACCAGUAUUGUAUGUUCCACAUAUGCAGUAGCUGCAUCCAUGAAGGUUGAAAUUCCAUCUAUAAAAAAAAAAGUAGUCAAAGUUAAACUGAGGUGCCUUUUGGCAGCUUAUGAUUAACCAUUAGGAGCACCAUCCUGUGCUCUGGUGCAGCACGAUUGUAGAUGCGUUUAGGUAACGCUGAUAUCUGAUGUGUUUUGGCUAUAACCUGUCCUAGGGAUCUGUAGGAAGCCUUUAAUUAAAGCAGCUCUUUUAAUUAGCUGUCUCAAGUUCCGUAUUGAAGAUUGCAACCUGAGAGUGAAGUUGUGGGGAUUUUUUUGUUAGGCAGUUUAGGGGUGUUUCUGGCUGUAGUGAUGCUGAGGGAGUUCUGUUCUGUAAGGGCUGGCUUUAAGAAAUGCAACACCUUCCCCACCCGGGUUGGGAAUGGCCUCGGGUCAGCCCCCUUAGCAGGAAAAAGCAGUUUGUGCAGUGUGUGGCACUUGGUAACUGCUAAAAUAUUACAGACCUUUGGUUACCCUGUGCUCCCGUCAGCAAUACAAAUGAUAAGCAAGGACUCCAGCAGUCUUAGGACAGUGUGGUGACAACAGCAGCUGGCAUUUGUGUCCCAAAAAAGCAUAGAAAUGAUGAAACAGUACUAAAGGUGGCUUAAAGAAUUAAUUGCACAAAGAGAAGCAGCCCAACAGUAAAACUCAAGCUAUUUAAGGGCCACAGAAACAGCUUUCUCCCAGUAGCUUAACAAAGAAAAAAGAAGAAAAAAUGAUGGCCAGUUUUCCUUGGGUGGCUACUGUAGGAGAGGGCUGAGAAGAAGAGGAUUUAAGGAUUUACCUCGGGGUGAGGGCGAGUCAUGUGCCCGUGCAUCCUUCCCAGUGCACUAGCCAUAGCCUGAAAUGACUUUGCACAACUCCCUCCAUGUAAAUAUCACUUUAUAGUUUGUGUCUCAAUAAAUACAUCUAAUUGAAACUUAGAUGCCACAAACUAUGAAAUAUUUAACAAGGAAGUUUUUAGGCUUUUUGUGUAUCCCGUGAAGUGCCACAAAUUUUGUGCGUCUCGAAAUGAGUUUUAAGCUCUCAGAACAUGGAAAAAUAAUAAAUUGUGUUACAUGCUUUUUUAGAGGGGAAAAAAAAAAGAAACCCAAACAAAAAAAAAACCAAAAUAUUUGAGUUGCAGUGAUAUUUCACAUUGGCAAGAAGUGAUAGAUAAUAUAAAGGUUUUUUUUCAUUAUGUAAAUGUAUGUCUUGUUGUAUAUAGUUCAAUUUUUCCUGUAUUUAAUUGUAUUCAUGUCUGUCUGUCCCAUCUAUGUUGGACCCUGCUGGUAGGCAAACAGUUCUUUUAACAGGUGGAAAUAAAACUAUCAGUUUGAUCAAUCGGAAGGGCUCCUUCUA